AGAUCUCUUCUCAUAAGGGCACUGUGUGGAGCUCCUGAGAUCUGUGGAGGUUUUUCUCUGCGAAUGCAGGAAGAAAGCAGGUGGAUGGAUGUGUAAUUAUGGCCCUGCUCCUGGUCUCUUUGCUGGCAUUCCUGAGCGUGGGCUCAGGAUGUCAUCAUCGGAUCUGUCACUGCUCUAACAGGGUUUUUCUCUGCCAAGAGAGCAAGGUGACAGAGAUUCCUUCUGACCUCCCGAGGAAUGCGGUUGAACUGAGGUUUGUCCUCACCAAGCUUCGAGUCAUCCAAAAAGGUGCAUUUUCAGGAUUUGGGGACCUGGAGAAAAUAGAGAUCUCUCAGAAUGAUGUCUUGGAGGUGAUAGAGGCAGAUGUGUUCUCCAGCCUUCCCAAAUUACACGAAAUUAGAAUUGAAAAGGCCAACAACCUGCUCAACAUCAACCCUGAGGCCUUCCAGAACCUUCCCAACCUUCGAUAUCUGUUAAUAUCCAACACAGGUAUUAAGCACCUUCCAGAUGUUCACAAGAUUCAUUCUUUCCAAAAGGUUUUACUAGACAUUCAAGAUAACAUAAACAUCCACACAAUUGAAAGGAAUUCUUUUGUGGGGCUGAGUUUUGAAAGUGUGAUUCUAUGGCUGAAUAAGAAUGGGAUUCAAGAAAUACACAACUGUGCAUUCAAUGGAACCCAACUAGAUGAGCUGAAUCUAAGCGAUAAUAAUAAUUUAGAAGAAUUGCCUAAUGAUGUUUUCCACGGAGCCUCUGGACCAGUCAUUCUAGAUAUUUCAAGAACAAGGAUCUACUCCCUGCCUAGCUAUGGCUUAGAAAAUCUUAAGAAGCUGAGGGCCAGGUCGACUUACAACUUAAAAAAGCUUCCUAGUCUGGAAAAGCUUGUUGCCCUCAUGGAAGCCAGCCUCACCUAUCCCAGCCAUUGCUGUGCCUUUGCAAACUGGAGACGGCCAAUCUCUGAGCUUCAUCCAAUUUGCAACAAAUCUAUUUUAAGGCAAGAAGUUGAUUAUAUGACUCAGGCUAGGGGUCAGAGAGCCUCUCUGGCAGAAGACAAUGAGCCCGGUUACAGCAGAGGAUUUGACAUGAUGUACAGUGAGUUUGACUAUGACUUAUGCAAUGAAGUGGUUGACGUGACCUGUUCCCCUACGCCAGAUGCAUUCAACCCAUGUGAAGAUAUCAUGGGGUACAACAUCCUCAGAGUCCUGAUAUGGUUUAUCAGCAUCCUGGCCAUCACUGGGAACAUCAUAGUGCUGGUGAUCCUAACUACCAGCCAAUAUAAACUCACAGUCCCCAGGUUCCUUAUGUGCAACCUGGCCUUUGCUGAUCUCUGCAUUGGAAUCUACCUGCUGCUCAUUGCAUCAGUUGAUAUCCACACCAAAAGCCAGUAUCACAACUAUGCCAUUGACUGGCAAACUGGGGCAGGCUGUGAUGCUGCUGGCUUUUUCACUGUGUUUGCCAGUGAGCUGUCAGUCUACACUCUGACAGCUAUCACCUUGGAAAGAUGGCAUACCAUCACCCAUGCCAUGCAGCUGGACUGCAAGGUGCAGCUCCGCCAUGCUGCCAGUGUCAUGGUGAUGGGCUGGAUUUUUGCUUUUGCAGCUGCCCUCUUUCCCAUCUUUGGCAUCAGCAGUUACAUGAAGGUGAGCAUCUGCCUGCCCAUGGAUAUUGACAGCCCUUUGUCACAGUUGUAUGUCAUGUCCCUCCUUGUGCUCAAUGUCCUGGCUUUUGUGGUCAUCUGUGGCUGCUAUACUCACAUCUACCUCACAGUGCGGAACCCCAACAUCGUGUCCUCCUCUAGUGACACCAGGAUCGCCAAGCGCAUGGCCAUGCUCAUCUUCACUGACUUCCUCUGCAUGGCACCCAUUUCUUUCUUUGCCAUUUCUGCCUCCCUCAAGGUGCCCCUCAUCACUGUAUCCAAAGCAAAGAUCCUGCUGGUCCUCUUUUACCCCAUCAACUCCUGUGCCAACCCCUUCCUCUAUGCCAUCUUUACCAAAAACUUUCGCAGAGAUUUCUUCAUUCUCCUGAGCAAGUUUGGCUGCUAUGAAAUGCAAGCCCAAAUUUAUAGGACAGAAACCUCAUCCACUGCCCACAACUCCCAUCCAAGGAAUGGCCACUGCUCUUCAGCUCACAGAGUCACCAAUGGUUCCAGUUACAUACUUGUCCCUCUAACUCAUUUAGCCCAAAAGUAAAACACAAUGUGAAAAUGUAUCUGACUGUUGAACGAUAAUUCAGUCUUGCCUUUGAAGGGUAUGCCACAGAUAGCUGACAGUGCUUCUACAUAUCUCAUCUAAUUUAAGCUUCCUGGCAUACCUUUAAGGUAAAUUGGUCAGGAACUAUUAAUUCCAUGUGAUACAUUGGGAAGCUGAAUUAUUAGUAACAACAAUAAUUAAAGAAUACAAUACUAUAUUACAUAUUUUAUCCUUAUAUAUGUUGUUUUUGAACAUUAUGUUCAAAGUGCUUUUGUUCAGAUUAUCUCAACUGAUCCCUGUUAAAUAAGCAGGACAGGGAUUAUUCUUGGAGUUUUACAAAUGAAGAAACUAAGACUCAGAGUUAAGUUACUUGUUCAAAAUUGUUUGGUUUGUAAGAGGCAGAGCCAGGAUUAGGUAUUCCAACUCCCAGAGAAUUUCCAGGAGAAGCACCAUGGUAUUCAUUCAUUCAUUCAUUCAUUCAUUCAACAAAUAUUUACUGAACACCCAUUUGAAGCCUUUGUUAUGCAUCAAUGUGGACAGGCUACAAUACAUUUCCCAGAAUUCCCGUCCUCAUGUGUUUCUGGUUAGAGUGAGCCAUAGUGAAGACUCUAGGAAAACAGGAGGGCAGAGGAAAACGGCAGCCAUUUUGUAGCUCAGCACACUGUUGCUGAUGCUGACUCAGCUUACUGCUGUAAAGCAGCAGCUGGGUCUCCAAUUGCUCCACCUUUCCCUGGAUCCUCCUUCAGGUUCUCAGACUCAUCCUGGGCCAGGUAUAUUUGUUAAGCUCCACGAAAAAGGGUCCAACCUCUGCAGGGCACUUUCAUCACCAAGGUCAGAGGCAACAAGAAAGUAAGCAGGGCUCAGGGUGUGCUUGUGGAAUUCUAUGUGUGCUGCUGCUUCCAGCAUGCUGUGAUCUUCCCUUUAUGAUCACCCACCCUGAGGACUUCUAGCUCUGGCAUCAGCUGUGGAGACAUCCUUACAAAGACAGGUUAACCAGCUCCCCACAACUGUGUAAGCCUGUAACAAAUAUUUACCACCUAUAUGUAUUUACAUGCAUGCAAAUAUAUCACUGGUUCUGCUUCUCUGCUUGAACCCUAACACCUAUUAUAUGAUGUGCAUAUGGAUUGUAAUGUUAAGAACACAGCAGUUUG